AUGAAGGACUUAUAUAUAUUUAGAAAAAAAAAUGGAAAGUAAUUAGAGAAAUAACAAGAAAAUUAAUCGGAAAAGCAAAACCAACAUUAUAUUUAACAAUCUAAUUUAAAUGCUCCCUAAUAAGAGGUACCUUAAUUAAAACCAAAUUUUCCACUUCCUUCAAUCGCCAGUAGAUAAUCGAUAAUCUUCUCAAUAGCCCUCAUUAGAAAAAUAAAUUUCUAUGACAAAGAAUCUUUUACUUUUGUAAAAUCUCUACCUUUUUAAUAAUAAAAUUUAGUUGAAGGUUAAUCAUUAAAUAAAAAGGCUCCAAUUUUGAAGAUUUUAACUUUGGAUUUAAAAGAAUCUUAGUUUUAGCAAAGAAAUUAGAGAUAAAAUUUUAAUACUUUUAUACUAAUGAAGAGAAAUGAUUAAUGA